AUGGCUGCUUCAGCUGCAUUCUCCAUUUCAUCACCACCUUUCGUACCCUUUUCCUGCAAAAUCCGCAGUCCAUUUCUCUUGAUUAGUCCAAAAUAUCCCAAACCCGUCUCGGUGAGAGCUUCUGCGUUUUCUGUCGACAAUCCCUCCAUCUCCAUCGAUAGCAAAUCGCCAGUCCAAACUAAGACAAGCAAUUGGCAGUGGAAGUUCAAGGGAAAAUCGAUUGGUAUAUACUAUGAAGAGCAUGAGAGUGAGAAGAGUGAAUCUGUUAAGAACAUCCUAAUGAUACCAACAAUAUCUGAUGUUAGCACCGUAGAGGAAUGGAGAUCUGUGGCUAAGAACAUCGUGCAGCGCGACGGGGAAGUCAACUGGCGAGCAACCAUUGUGGAUUGGCCUGGUCUUGGUUAUUCUGAUAAACCAAAGAUGGAUUACGACACAGAUGUCAUGGAGAAGUUUGUGGUCGACUUCAUGAACUCACCUGAGAGCCCAAUGAGCCAAGCAGGUAAUGAUGAUGUAGUUAUCAUUGGAGGAGGGCAUGCAGCGACACUAGCAAUGCGUGCUACUCAACGUGGGCUGCUAAAGCCAUCAGCCAUUGCUGCUGUUGCACCUACAUGGGCAGGACCUCUUCCUAUUGUGUUUGGCCGUGAUUCUUCCAUGGUGACAAGGUAUGGUAUGCUAAGAGGAACACUGAGAGCACCAGGGGUUGGUUGGAUGAUGUACAACAUGCUAGUGAGCAACGAGAAGUCAAUCGAGUCACAAUACAGAUCCCAUGUUUAUGCAGACCAAAGCAACGUGACCGAUGCCUUGAUCCAAAGCAGAUACGAGCUAACAAAGAAGAAAGGAUCACGCUACGUCCCUGCAGCGUUCUUGACCGGUUUGCUUGACCCGGUCUCAACCCGGGAGGAGUUUCUCCAGCUGUUUGCUGAUUUGGAAGGGAAAUUACCGGUUAUGGUGAUGUCAACAAAAGGAGCUCCAAAGAGAUCGAAAGCUGAAAUGGAGGCACUGAGAGGAGCUAAAGGAGUUAGCAAAUUCGUGGAGGUUGAUGGUGCACUCUUGCCUCAAGAAGAGUAUCCUUCUCUUGUUGCUCAAGAACUCUACAUCUUCUUGCAAGAGACCUUUGCUUCUCCAUAA